AUGUCCCAGUUCAAGGACAUCAUGAAGAAAGGGUGGCAUCCGGAGAAGUCGGGAACCGGAAUCAGGGGCUCAGUGUCUGGCCUCAUGGGCCGCAACAAGGAUAACAAAGACGACAGCAGCUUGAACCACGUUGCACGUCCACUGACCGACCUCAAGGACCCGGCGUCCUUUGCACCGCCGCCCAGACGAACAGGCUCUGGCCUUGCACGCGCUCCAAGCCCAGUCUCGACAAAGCGCAACGUUGUUGCGGCUCCAUCGAAAUACGCCGAUCCCAGAGCUCGGCCGGCUGAGCUUCCACCGCGGAGGACUGGGUCAGGCGUUGAGAGUGACGAGGCCUCGCCGACGCGGGACGCUGCCGACAGGAGGAGUCCGCCGUCGUACGACGAAGCUACUUCAGGGGGGGUCGUCUCAAAGGCACCGCCGCGUAGUUUGCCGCCUCGACUGCCUCCGAGAGGUGCCGCCGGAGGGGGCGAGAAGAGCGGCCAUCUCAACGAGGGAGCUGUGAGCCGGCUCGGCGCAGCGGGCGUGUCUGUUCCGGCGCUGGGAAUUGGCCGUGGCGGCGCCGCCCAUUCAACCUCACCAAGUCCCCCGCCCGCCUCGUCACGGGCUUCACCUUCGGCCGAAGCAUCAGGGGCCGGGAAAUGGGGCGCCCAGGUCAACCAGCUCCAAGGCCGCUUCGGCAAAAUGGCCACCCCUUCAGCGGCGUCCUCUGCCCAGGAGCAGCAGCCCAGCCAAGGCACCUCGUGGGCUCAGAAGCAAGCAGCUUUCAAGACGGCGUCGGCCUUCCAAAAGGAUCCCUCGUCCGUCUCCUUCUCCGAUGCCAAGGCCGCGGCCAGCACGGCCAACAACUUUCGACAGCGCCACGGGGAACAAGUUGCCGCAGGCGCCAAGGCCGCCAACAAGUUCAGUCAAAAAUACGGCAUCGCGGACAAGCUUGGUGCGUACGCAGGCUCGCAAUCUACACAGCCGACCCAGAACAAGUCCGAGCCGCCGCCGCUACCUGGUCCAAGUCAGCCAUAUACAGGUGCCACGAAUGAUGCUGCUCAAGCGGCGGUCUCAGGAUUGGCUGGCAAGAAGAAGCCGCCGCCGCCGCCACCUAAAAAGAAACCAGGUCUCGCUGCUGCUGCUGCUCCGGACCCUGCCUCUGCUGCACAGGGAGAUAUGCCUCCUCCCAUCCCAAUGUCUACGAGGCCACAAUUCUAG